CGUCCCCCUCUCCCCCCACCCCGUGAGCCAGUCAGGAGGGGUCCUAGGGAAGGUCAGAGGCUCCACCCACAGCCAGGGUCCUGCAACCAGGAAGCUCAGAACUCCAGGGGGGCCUACAGGGUGGGUGAAGGUAGAGUUCCGGCUGGGACCUACUAGGACAGCCAGGGUGGUGCCGGCCCAGUGUGUACUGCAGGCCUAGGCCUGAGUGUGGUGUCAUCCCCUCAGGAAAAGGAGCCUCCUGGAACACGGGUUGAACACUCCUGCCUCAUGUUUGCCUUAUCCACAAGAGGGCAGUGGGAGGCCCAGAGAGACAGGUGCUCACCCGAGUUCCAUGACAAUGAGAAGAUGAGCUGGGGUUAGGCAGGCCUGGGAAAGUGGGAGGGAAUGUCUCACGAGUGUGUUCAUGUGUGCCCAUGCAUACAUCUCUGUGCACGAGCAAAAGUGCAGGUGCCUGUGUGGUGUGUGUGUGUGUGUGUGUGUGUGUGUGUGUGUGCGCACACAGUUGCAUGUCUGUGCACGCCAGUCUUCAUGUAUGCAUGUCUUGCUUGUGGAUGUGGUUGUGUAUGUUUGUGCAUGUGUGCCUUUUGUGUACAAGACUUUUCUGUGUGUUUACAUGUGCACAUAUUCGCACAUGCAUACGUGCCUGCAUGUUCAUGAUUGUGCAUGCGUUCACAUGGACCUGUGAGUGUGUGCCCUGGAGUAUGUGUACGUGCGUGCACACAUCUGCAUCUGUCCACGUGUGUGUCUGCGUGUGCCUUGUGUGUACUCUUCGUCUCCUUCCCUGUUUAGUGCACAAGCUUUCUGAGUCUGGGCCUUGCCUGGGCCCUAGAGGGUUCGUCAGUGGGCCUCUCCCCUUUAGGUGGGGUCUAAGCCAGAGGGUUCUCCCAGUAGCACUUGGCAGAAGUGGAAGAGGACAAGGAGGACAAAUGCUGGUCCUGGGCUCAGAUCAAGUUUGAGGGCUGGAGCUGGUGGGAGGACAGUGGCUCAGGUCCCAGUGAGAGAGCAUCAGGCCUUCCUAACUAGCUGAGACCCCGCUGGCCCUCUCAGGUGUUCAGGCAGGUGAUGGCCACGCUGGACAGAAGCCACUCAGCACCUCAAUUCAAGUCUACCCCAUCGCAAAUUUCUAAACAUGGCAUGAUGGCUGCCUUCACCUGUCCCUGGGCAUCUGUCUGGCCCACCUGGCCUGACAGGGAAACUGAGGCCCAAGGCGGACACACUAGUAUAGCUUGCCUUGGCACAAGGGAGUUCUGGUUAAGUAUGGGAAUCUUGGUCCUUGCUGCCCCAUGAGUGAGUACGCACCCGGGGGCAGCCCAAGUGAGGGGCAGAAGGCAGGUCUAAACUGCACAGAUGUAGACUGGCCCCAAGGCCAGACCUUUGGCUCCUUAUCUAUAAAAUAGGAGGACGGCAGCCGUCCCCUCCUCACACCUGGGAUGAUCAAGUGCAUGGUGCACCAUGUAGGAUGGGGUCCUUGGAUGCAAGAACAGACAGAGCCCAUGUGCCGUGCCACCCUUCCCCACCACCACACAUCAUCUGUAUUCAUGUAUCCAUCUGCCCCAUCGGCAGCCACCCUAGGACCCCUUGGCCCUUCCUUUCCCAGAGCGGCUGGCUCCAUAGGUACCAUGUGGGAUUAAUGCUUUGCUCUCACCAUCUUGAAAUUCUUAACUUUUUGACAAGGGGUCUGUCUUUUCAUUUUGCGCCGAUUGUGUAGUCAGCCCUCCCCAAGGCUCUAUAGGAAGCUUGUUUGUGCUGCCCAGGGUGGGAGUCAGAAGGACCCUACCUCUCUCUGGAGGGCUGGGACAGUUCUUUCAGGGAGGGUGUCUCUCCCUUGCCUAUCCCCAUUGGCAUUUGGUGCUGUGUGCUCCCCCCUACUAGGCUGGCCAUGCCUUAGGGUCACUCUGUGGCCUUUCUGAAUGGUGUUGGAUUGGAGGUCACAGACAGUAAUUUGAGUGCCAUCUGUAUACCAGGCAGGGAUGUGGAUGUGAAAGGAAGGUGUGUAUGGGGUGAGCACUCCAAGCUGCCAGAGUGGGGGUGACAGAGGAAGUUCCUGGUUGAGGUAUUCCUUGUGGCCAUAGUCUGGGUCCUCACACUGUGCGUCCACACUGGCCUGGGAGAAGAGGAAGGGGUAACACAGCUCUCUCGGCCUCUGGGAGGGUGCUGCCGUGGGAAGCAGUCUUUAAAUAGCCUCUUGCUUUCCACUAAAAAUAGUUCUGCUGCCAUGGAGGUGGUUGCUGGGGCGGCUGGGCUGGCUCCUGGCCAAGGCAGGCGUGGGUGCCCAGUGUGGACUACAUGCACUGGGGUGGCAGGUAGCCACAGGCCCCCCACACCCUGCUGGUGGCCACGAUGUCUCCAUCCCCACAGUCAGGGCAGCAGUGGGGGAUCCCCACCUGCCAGAUUCCACAGAGGGUCUAAGUGUGGGGAGGGAGCAAAUGCCAUGCAUGCCACAGCAGGAGAGAUGGGAAACCUGCAGCUAGAGGGGCUUCUUGGAGCUGAGUGGGUGGACCCAGACCCACUAUGAGGUUAGAGAUGGAUGUGGGGGCAAGGACUGGCCGGUCUCCGUGGAAGGGAGUCUGUCAGGCCUUGUGAGGCCUUGUGAGGGCUGGGGCAGGUGUUCUUUGGGGAGGUGUGCAAGACCCUUCCUGGGAGACUGUGGAGGGGGGCCAGGAGUCCUGGAAGGCUUCCCGGAAGAGAGGGUAUCCUUGGAGCCAGGUGCUGUAGGAUGGCAAGAGAUGGGAAGGGGUGGGGGCCUUGUGUUUUUUCAGCAUUUCCAAGCUUUCUGUGCUGCCAUCUGGAAAGCAAGGUGACAAACAAGCCAAAAAGAAGGGGCUGCCUGGACUGGGGCCGUGUCCCUAGGGAAGAGUGGCAUGAUGACUCCCAUUCAUUUACUGACCCACAUUUGGGGCUUUCUAUACCUGAGUCUUCCUGAUGAGGUGCCCGUGGUUGACAAGAGCUGUGUCCCCAGCUGUUCCUGUCUACAAUGGCAUCAUCUUCCUUUUUGUCCUGGCCAACUUCAGCAUGGCCACCUUCAUGGACCCUGGCGUCUUCCCCCGAGCGGACGAGGACGAGGACAAGGAGGACGACUUCCGGGCGCCACUGUACAAGAAUGUGGACGUGCGGGGCAUCCAGGUCCGCAUGAAAUGGUGUGCCACCUGCCACUUCUACCGCCCCCCACGCUGUUCGCACUGCAGUGUCUGCGACAACUGCGUAGAGGACUUUGACCACCACUGCCCCUGGGUCAACAACUGCAUUGGGCGACGUAACUACCGCUACUUCUUCCUGUUCCUGCUGUCACUCAGCGCGCACAUGGUGGGCGUCGUGGCCUUCGGCCUGGUCUAUGUGCUGAACCACGCUGAGGGGCUAGGAGCUGCUCACACCACCAUCACCAUGGCUGUCAUGUGUGUGGCUGGCCUCUUCUUCAUUCCUGUCAUCGGUCUCACUGGCUUCCACGUGGUGCUGGUCACUCGAGGGCGUACCACCAACGAGCAGGUGACUGGGAAGUUCCGCGGGGGCGUGAACCCCUUCACCAGAGGCUGCUAUGGGAACGUGGAGCACGUGCUUUGCAGCCCCCUGGCGCCCCGGUACGUAGUGGAACCACCCCGGCUGCCGCUCUCCGUGAGCCUGAAGCCGCCCUUCCUUCGGCCUGAGCUCCUGGAGCGAGCUGCACCUCUCAAGGUCAAGCUUAGUGACAAUGGGCUGAAGGCAGGCCUGGGCCGCAGCAAGUCCAAAGGCAGCCUGGAUCACCUGGAUGAGAAGCCACUGGACCUUGGACCACCACUGCCUCCCAAAAUUGAGGCCAGCACCUUUGGAGGAGAUCUGAAGACCCCAAGACCUGGAAGUGCUGAGAGCGCCCUAUCAGUACAGAGGACCAGCCCCCCGACACCUGCCAUGUACAAGUUCCGGCCAGCCUUCCCCACUGGUCCCAAGACACCCUUCUGUGGACCUAGCGAACAGAUCCCAGGCCCUGAUUCGCUGACCCUGGCAGAUGACAGCACACACAGCCUGGACUUUGUGUCUGAGCCCAGUCUGGACCUCCCAGACCACGGGCCUGGCGGCUUACACUCAGCCUACUCACCACCCCCGUCACUCAGUGCUACCGAUGCCUUCUCGGGCGCUUUGCGCUCCCUGAGUCUCAAGGCUGCCAGCCGGCGGGGUGGGGACCAUGUGGCCCUACAGCCGCUACGCUCCGAGGGGGGGCCCCCCACACCCCACCGUGGCCUCUUUGCCCCCCACGCGCUGCCCAAUAGAAACGGCAGCCUGUCCUAUGACAGCCUGCUUAACCCUGGCUCGCCCAGUGGCCGUGCCUGCCCGGCACACCCCUCAGUCAGUGUGGCUGGCUACCACUCACCCUACCUGCACCCUGGAGGGGCAGGUGACCCACCACGGCCCCCACCCCGUAGCUUCAGUCCUGUGCUGGGCCCCCGGCCUCGGGAGCCCUCCCCCGUACGCUACGACAACCUGUCGAGGACCAUCAUGGCCUCCAUCCAGGAGCGAAAGGACAGGGAGGAGCGUGAACGGCUGCUGCGCUCCCAGGCUGACUCGCUCUUUGGUGACUCUGGAGUCUAUGACACACCCAGCUCCUAUAGCCUGCAGCAGGCCAGCGUGCUGUCUGAGGGUCCCCGUGGCUCAGUGCUGCGCUAUGGUUCCAGAGAUGACCUGGUGGCUGGGCCUGGCUUCGGUGGUGCCCGCAACCCUGCCCUGCAGACGUCACUGUCCUCACUGUCAAGCUCCGUGAGCCGAGCACCACAGACAUCUUCGUCCUCCCUUCAGGCUGACCAGGCCAACAACAAUGGCCCAGGGCCCCGGCCCAGCAGUGGCUCACACAGGUCACCUGCACGCCAGGGCCUGCCCUCCCCACCUGGCACCCCCUGCUCUCCCCCUUACUCGGGCCCCAAAGCUGUCGCCUUCAUCCAGACGGACCUCCCGGAACGGCCGCCUUCCCUGGCUGUGCAGAGAGGGCGAAUUGGCACCUGUAGCCAUGGAUGGGGGCGGCGUGGCCAACCCAGGGGGACCCCCGGCCUGCACCUAUGCCAUCUUGGCCGUCCUGAGGACCGCCCGUCACUGCGGGCCUCCUGGAGCCCAGCAGCUGGGGCAGCCCCCCGAGGGACCAUGUGCCGUCUGCACUCAGCUGCGUCCAGCCUUUUCCCCAGCCUCUCGGGGCCUUAGCAGGAUGCCAAGUAGACGACUCCAGGAUCCUGGACAGCCUAACUGGGGCCCAGGAAACCAGGCUGCUGUGGAUCCUGAGGUGGGGCUGGAUAGGAGCUGCGGAGUCCCUUCUCUACCAGCCAUGUCUUGAUUCCAGCCUGCCAGGGCCUGUGACCCUGUGUCCAUGUGACCUCAGGAAGUCCCCCACCUGCUGCAGGGGUUCAGUGCCCCACUGGGGGUGGCCCUAGAGCUGCUCGGACCAGCACGAUCUUCAGCCCAGUCUCCCUUCCCCUCCAAGCACUUUAGACUAAGCUACUUCCUCCAGGGGAGCCCAGGCCUCUGUGGGCUGGGCUGGGGUAGGGGCCUCAGGUCGCCCCUGCAGGUCACUGCACUCCCUCUACCCCGCCCCCAGCACAUGCCUUAACUUCCUGGAGCCGCCAGCCAGCAGGGCGAGCCAUGGACCCGCCCAUCCAGCUCCAUUCCUUGCCUGCCCACCAGUUCCCUGGUUCCCAUGGAGAGACAUCUCUGCUCUGACCCCACCUGGACUGUCUGCAUCCAGGAUGACACAUCUGGGAACAAACAGGGCUGAGCCUGCUAGGUCUGGAUGCCCCAGGAUGGAGCAGGGUGGAGUCCUGCCAGCUUUCCCUCCUGCGCAGGGUCCCAGCUUUAUUUCUCCCAUUUUGGGAAAAGAAAGCCACAAAGUUAUUCUCUAUUGUUCUAAAGGGUAUCCUCCCUCCCUCAAUUUAAUUUCCUCAAUAAAAUUUUUGGUGUUUACCUCUAUGGCUCUGUCCACCAGUGGGGUCCCCUCGUUUGAGCCUUGGGCAGUGCCAGGAGGUUGGAUUGGACAGGAAUCCUGGGUAGAGGGGACAGAGGCCCAGGUGAGUGGCAAGAGGGGGAGGCGGUAUGUGAGGGCCAUGAGGUCAGUGAGUGAGCCAGCAAAUUCAGGCCUUUGAGCCUGACCCCCAAGGUCCCUGGGAGAGUCUAGCCCCAGGGUGACAGCCUAGGACAUUGAUCCUAGGCAGAUGGGGUUGCAGGUUAUGG